GUAUGCGAAAGAUCAAUCAACGAUUAACUAAAUAGAGCCGCAAGUUAUUCACACGGCUGUGAAUGCAAACUACAUCGUAGAAAAAUCAUGUUUUAAAGUGUCGCUAGCCGUUGAACCUUGAAGACAAGUUUUAUUGGUUUAGUUAAGUUUUCUUUUCUGUUUCGUCCCGGAAAAAUGGUAUCCCGAUUGAGUUUAAGCAUCGCUGGAUUUCUUGUGACCACAUUUUUCGGAAUCGUGAUUGCUUGUCACGGUGGUUACAAGGUGAAAAUUAUCAAAAUGGAGAACUGCGCCGGUCCAGAGGCGGUCGUCAGAAUUCACGACAAUUUAACGGCGGUACUGACGAGGAAGUGCGACUUCAAAGCGCAAAGUUGCCUGGACCACAAGCCUUUUGCCGAGGCCGAAGCCAAGUAUACGAUCAAAAUCCACGGCAUUCCGUUCAUCAAAGGAACGGUCGAUCUUUGCCAAAAAGUACCCAGAUGGUCCCUGGCGGCUCCCGUUGUGUGGGCGUUCAAUUUCAACAACAAGUGCCCGAUGGGUGAGGGAACCCUUUGCACCGAUCCAAAACGUGUUUUCAACAUCAGUCCGUUCAAGCAGUUUCUGCCAUUGAUGGUUGGAAAAAUAGAAAUGCAAAUCGACGUGAAACAUGAUACGGGCAAAAGUUGCAUCAGAUCCGAAAUGGAGCUGUUUAAAGAAGAAAUGCCGGAAAAAGCUACAAAACCCGUGAUGAAAACUCAAAGCAUCGAUACAAAUACUGCUACAAGUAGUUCUUCCUAAUGUGACACCAAAAGUUAAGCUUAAAAGAUUGCUAUAUUAUUUCCAAUGGAAAAUUAUAUUAAAGAGAACGAUGCGUCUUCUUGAAUCAA